AUGUGUGAAGUACGACCGGAUAAAUAUGGGCAUAAACCGGUUGGUUGUGUGGUACGUGAUAAAAAUGGUGAAACUGUUGAGAGAGUCGUUGGAUGUAAAUGGUAUCAACAAACGAAAAAAUCAAAAGUGGAGCAGAUGUGUGUUCUUGAAAAUGGUAAAGCAGUAGUGAAAACAUUAGGAUGUAUUUUUGUUCACAAAGGAUACAAUACAUUAUUCCUAAAUCCUGGUACUUAUACAAUCUGGAAUCAACAAGUUGAUGGUGGUGCAAUUGGAGUUAUUUGCAGGCAACCAGAAAAUGAUGGUAUGCCAAGCUUGGAAACAUUUAAAAUUGAAGAUAUUGCAAGCAAAAUAAAUGGACUACAAUACGAUCAACCUCGUGGUUAA